GCGCGUGCCUGUAUCUUCGAAUUCAAGUCGGGAGCCAACACAGAGACGUGCCAACACUUUAUAUUGACCACAGUACUAACGAGGUAGUGGUAGACUGUAUGAGACAUUUUUCAAUAACGAUUCAUAACAAUCGGGAGGAUGCCACCCAUAUUCGGUUUGUCCUUAUUGGAUAUCACGAGUUUGACAAACAGAUCAUUCUGGCCAAAUCUGACAUCCACAUCUACGACAUUCUAAAGAACCCCUACAUGUCAGAAACAUUUGAGUUUGCAAGGAAAGACCGGGUGUUUGCUACUGCUGAUAUCGAGUUAGCCUUUGCGUAUGGAAGCUUUGGGUAUGGCUGGUCGAAUCAACUUCAGAACCCCAUCAUAACGCCAGGAUCACAGCUCAUGCAUUCAAUGUUUUAUCGUCAAGAGCCGCCUACAGAACGACUUCUCGAGAACGCAUCGGAUAUUGCCUCAGCGCUUCCCAUCGGACAUCCGCCAUUUAUCCCAUUCACCGUGAAAGCGGAAAUCGGGAAGACGGCAAAGGAGCUCGAUAUCGAUGUUGACGUGAAGGACCUGACCCGGACCAUAAGUGACCCGUUAAUUCUGGUCGCAAAGACCCGGAAGAGGAUGGGUGCUUUACUAGGUCACUACGGCACACUGUCGUCACGGACGGAGAGAUUGGCUUUCCUUAACAAACUAGUCAACGAAAGGUCAGCCAGCGACUACCAGAGGGAAAAAGCGACAAUGGAACAACACAAGGAAUGUGAACAAACCGUACCAAACUCAAUGAAUCCUCUUGCGGUACCCCACAUGGAUGUAGAUUCUGAUGAAGAUCUACCAACCAUGACGUUACUUAUGGCCACUGCUCCCGCUUGUAAUAUCCGCGGCAUCCCAUAA